AUGCCUGAGGCAACUUUAUCGACACCUGAGGCCAAAGCUUCUGCAUCGAGUUGCAAUCUGCACUUCCGGUCGCUGCGGUCCGCCCUAAAGCACACCACACCUCAUCACUCGGUCACUUCAUUUCUGGAUAUUCUUAUUUGUUCCCUCCCGGAAAGCCCACGCCGUCGACUUUCUGAUCAAAGUCUUUUUCCGGGUGUAUACCCUCAAUCUCCACUCUUCUACUUCUGUCCAGCUUUUCUUUCAGGCCAAUUGGCUCUAUAUCUCCCCGCCAUGUACCGCAACGCCGCCGCCCGCUCCGCGCUCCGCGCAUUCUCGAGCUCCAAUGCCUCCGUGGCUCGCUCCGCUCUGAGCAAGCAGAUCUGCAAGGCCCAGAUGACCUCGUCGGCCCGCAGUCUGCUCCGUCCCUCCGUCUCGUGCUUCGCGCUCGCCGCCCACAAGCCCGUCACCACCGCUCUUGUGCGCUACUCGUCUUCUGCGGCUAAGGAGCACGAUGAUGAUGAUGUUGAUGUUAUGGCGGGUAUGAAGUCCGAGGCUAAAGUUAUCAAGGAAACCUUCAGCUUGAGUGAGGUCCCCAAGGAGGCCCUCUACCUCGGUAUGGCCGGUGUCGUCCCCUACCUGGCCACCUCUCUGCAGACCGUCUUCCUCUCCUACGAGAUCAACCGCGCUGCUGCUGUUGGCGAAGGUCUGAUCUUCUCUGGCGAGAGUGCUGAGCUGAUGCUGCACAUGCUCGAGCCCGUCCAGAUCGGAUACGGUGCCGUCAUCCUUUCUUUCCUCGGCGCCAUCCACUGGGGUCUUGAAUGGGCUGGCUACGGCGGUAAGUUCGGUUACCGCCGCUACGCCGCCGGUGUGAUCGCCCCCGCUGUGGCCUGGCCUACUCUGCUGCUCCCCGUCGAGUACGCUCUGAUCAGCCAGUUCCUCGCUUUCACCUUCCUGUACUACAACGAUGCGCGUGCUUCCGCCGCCGGCCGAGCUCCUCACUGGUACGGCAUGUACCGUUUCGUGCUGACCUUCGUCGUCGGUGCCUCGAUCGUGGCUACCCUGAUCGGCCGUGAGCAGAUCCAGCAGACCACCGCCUCCGAGCACAGCAUCAAGGACAAGAUCAACGCUCUGAUCUUCUUGCAGAAGAAGGAGAAGGAGGAGGCUGCGGCCCGCCGUCUUCAGGCACUCGAGGUCGAGGAUUCCGAGUAA